AUGGGAUUUCCAGUGGGGUACUCAGAGUUGGUGCUACCCAAGGUGCUUGUGCAGCUGCUAUCCGUAUUGGGCUUCAUCAGGAAACUCGUCACCCUCCUCUUGUGCUACGUGGGCUUCAACGAUUUCUUCGAACCCGACAUUGCGUGGCCGGAGAGGGUGCCCGAAUUGCAGUCGGUCUCGGCGGUGCUGAUCCGGGAAAUCCUGCCGGUGGUGAAGUUCUCGGAGAUGGUGGGGGCGGAGGCGGCGGAGAGUUGCGCGGUGUGUCUGUACGAGUUCGAGGGAGAGGACAAGAUCAGACGGCUAACAAACUGCCGGCACAUAUUCCACAGAGGGUGUCUGGACCGUUGGAUGGGGUACGAUCAAAGAACGUGCCCCCUCUGUCGGACACCCUUCAUACCCCACCAUAUGCAAGCUGCCUUCAAUGAUAGACUAUGGGCUGCUUCAGGGCUCCCUCAAUUCCAUUACUACGAUGAAUGA